UGGGGGCAAGAGAGAGGAGGGAGAGAGAAGGAUGGUGCGCAACAGUCAUCCCCUAAAGGUGUCUGCAGAGCAUCCAUAAAAGUGAAGAGAGGGAGGCUGUUUUUGUCGGCUGCCACGAUGCGACUGGUCAGCCUGCAGCAGCGGGCGCGGCGUGCGGCGGAACCGGAGGAGGAAGCCCCACCCCCUCCGCCCCCACCGCCGCCUGUCCACAAAUCCAGCCACAACUUCCUGAACAUGAAGAACAAGUUCUUCAAUGAGCUGGACCACCUUCCUAACCAUAAGCUCAACUUGCCCAUGUGGGCCAUCGGGGCCAUAGUGGUGGUGGUGCUGGCCCUGGUGGGCUGCUGCGCCUUUUGCGUCUAUAAGAAGUGUUUGGGAGGGAAAAAGAAAGGGAAGAAAGUCCGAGAGAGAAAGGGUGGUGGACGCAGACGGGUGAAGAAAGAGAAUGAAGGCGAAGGGGAGGAGGAGAAGAAAGAGGGAGAGGAGGGGGAGAAGGAGUUCUAUGGCAAACUUGAGUAUUCGCUGGACUACAACUUCAAUGACAACGAGCUCGUUGUGGGCAUCCUGCAGGCAGAGAACCUGCCUGCCAUGGACAUGGGUGGCACCUCAGACCCCUAUGUCAAAGUCUACAUGCUCCCAGACAAGAAGAAGAAGUUUGAAACCAAAGUACAACGCAAGAACCUGAGCCCUGUGUUCAACGAGACCUUCAAAUUCAAGAUCCCCUUUAAUGACCUGGCCGGUCAGACCCUGGUGCUGGCGGUCUUUGACUUUGACCGCUUUGGCAAGCAUGAUGUGAUUGGAGAGAUUAAAAUCGCCAUGAACAGCAUUGACCUGGGUCAGCCAAUCCACGAGUGGAGGGAUUUGGAUGGAGGAGAGAAAGAAGAGGAAGAGAAGCUGGGGGACAUCUGUAUCUCACUGCGUUAUGUGCCUACAUCUGGUAAACUGACUGUCUGUGUGAUGGAAGCGAAGAACCUGAAGAAGAUGGACGUUGGUGGCUUGUCAGAUCCGUUUGUGAAACUCGUGCUGCAGCACAAUGGCAAACGUGUUAAGAAGAAGAAGACCACUGUGAAAGAGAAGACCUUAAACCCAUACUUCAAUGAAAGUUUCAGCUUUGAAAUCCCAUUUGCCCAAAUACAGAAACUCCAGGUGAUCAUCACCGUUUAUGACUACGACAAGCUGGGCAGCAAUGACGCCAUCGGGAAGUGCUGGAUUGGUUACGGCGCCACCGGCGUUGGUCUCCGCCACUGGUCAGACAUGCUGGCCAACCCCAGGCGUCCUGUGGCUCAGUGGCACACACUGCAGCCUGAGGAGGAAGUGGACGCCGCCCUCAAGCUUCCCGUCCGCUAAACGCUGGCCCCAAACACAGCCGCCGACACUACAAUUUACCCUGAGCAUCAAUGGUAGUUCUAAUUCUAAUCUUGGCCCCAUCUGCCAAAUGCCAGGUCAAAGCACAUCUGAUGAGGAUGCAGACGCAACCCCCAAAACAUAUCUUCCUAUCCUGACUUUGAAGUUCUAACCCUCAACGCAAAGCUCAACACCAAACUACCAUUUGUUAAACGCACACUGCUCAAACAACAGCAGCCAACAUGACAAAGCACACCAGGAUGUAGUCCAGAAUUCCAAAAUCAACUCCCUUCUUUUGCACACAUCAUAUACAUGCACAUAAUGUGUGUAUACUGUACCCACUCUAGUCAGUUGUCUAACCUAGUUGCAAAGACACCUGCAGACACCUCACACCCAGAUCUUUAUCCCUUAAGCACUGCUUCUGCAUAUAGAGAGGAGAAUGUGUCAUUACAGUAGCUUAUGGUUUGCCUUGGAGCAACCUGCAUCUGGAAAAGUCUCUCUGCCCUUACUUGUAUCCCUCCCUGCUGUUUGUAUAAUGCGUGUGCCCUCAGCCCUCCAACAGAACUAUCCAUUCUAAAACACAGAGAGACGUAGCAUUAGACAUGUUUUCAUUAAGAAUGAAUAUUUAUUUUAAUAUCUCUUUUGGAUUAUUUGUGUUGGUCAAUUAUAUUUAUGUGUUUGUGCGGUUGUUGUGGUUGUAAG